AUGAGUCUCGACAAUCAAGGGUUGACCAUUCCUACUGUUAACAAUGACAAGCACAUGGGGAUAGAAUCCCAACACUCCUCGCCAAACCUCUCGUCAAACGAAUCUACGUUGGAUGGACACAACAUACAAACAAUCUCCAGUAAUGGUAGUGGUGCUUAUGCAGAACAUGGUCCUGGAAUCGAUCAUAAGAUCCCACAAGAACUCGAGAUACAGUCCAAGCCAGACCUCUUAUGGAGUCGAAUUCGACAUACCAUGCGAGAACCAUUUUCGGAAUUCUUUGGUGUAUUUAUUUUGAUCUUGUUUGGUGAUGGCGUGGUUGCGCAAAUAGUCCUUAGCUCGGGCGAGAAAGGCUCCUAUCAAUCAAUAUCUUGGGGAUGGGGCAUUGGAGUUAUGCUUGGAGUCUAUGCUUCAGGCAUUAGCGGUGCCCAUAUCAAUCCAGCUGUGACAUUCGCAAACUGCGUCUUUCGAAAAUUUCCCUGGCGCAAAUUCCCUAUCUACAUGUUGGCGCAAGUGUUGGGCGCAAUGUGCGCCGCCGGUGUGGUCUAUGCAAACUAUAAAUCUGCCAUCGAUAUGUUCGAAGGGGGGAAUAACAUUCGAACUGUGGGCCUUAACACAUCAUCUGCAGGCAUAUUCUGUACCUACCCCGCCCCUUUUAUGACAAAGACAGGUCAAUUCUUUUCGGAAUUCAUCGCAAGUACGAUACUUAUGUUUUGUAUCUACGCUUUACAAGACAAUGGUAAUUUAGGUUCUGGAAAUCUUACCCCACUUGGACUCUUCUUCGUAAUCUUUGGUAUUGGAGCUUGCUUCGGAUGGGAAACUGGAUAUGCAAUUAAUAUGGCUAGAGACUUUGGCCCAAGAUUGAUGAGCUACUUCCUUGGGUAUGGUAACGAGGUAUGGAGCGCGGGGAACUAUUACUUUUGGGUACCUAUGGUAGCGCCAUUUUUCGGAUGCUUGUUUGGAGGUUGGUUGUAUGAUGUCUUCAUCUUCACUGGUGAGAGCCCUAUCAAUACUCCUUGGAUGGGAUUGAAGCGGCUUAUGCCUAGGUGUCUCGGGAAUAAAAAAGAACAUUCGGUAGUGUGA